UUGUUUGUUUGUGCAUAUUUCCAGAAUGGAUGUCCAAAGAUUCUGGUUUGCUGGUCAGAUGUUUUGCCCUUUGUUCUUCGUGCUUAUGGCGCACAGCGCUUAUGGAGACAUGAGUUAUUCUUUUCCGGAGGAGAUGAAACGCGGAUCUGUGAUUGGAAAUAUAGCGAUGGAUCUCGGGCUUGAUGUGAACAGACUAUCAUCUCGAAAGGCUCGAAUUGAUACUGAAGGUAACAGAAAACGAUAUUGUGAUAUUAAUCUGAAUACUGGAGAACUGAUCGUAGCGGAGAGGAUCGACAGGGAGGAGAUUUGUAAUGAGGGGCUUUCAUGUUCUCUUAAUUUCGAAUUGGUUCUAGAACACCCUCUGGAAAUGCAUCGUGUUACAUUACAAAUUCAAGAUAUUAACGAUAACACACCGACAUUUCCUAAAGACGAAAUAAAGCUCGAAAUAAGUGAGAGUGCUGAUAAAGGUGCUCGGUUUCGCGUGAAUGAGGCCCAUGAUGCGGACAUAGGAAAGAAUGGCGUACAAAGAUAUUCGAUAGAAAAGAACGACCAUUUUAUUUUAUCUGUAAACACAAAGGCGGACGGGGGUAAAAAUAUUGAGUUAAUGCUGGAGAAAGAGUUGGACCGUGAGCAGCAAAAAGAGGUGAAUUUAAUUGUCACUGCGGUUGAUGGCGGGACUCCACCGAGAUCAGGUACUGUAGCCAUACACGUCACUGUACUGGAUGCUAAUGAUAAUGCUCCAGUCUUUAGUCAGGCCGUCUAUAAAGUCAGUCUGCCUGAAAAUUCUCCUGUAGAUACUGUAGUGGUUACUGUGAGCGCUACUGAUGCUGACGAGGGACAAAAUGGAAAAGUGACUUACGAGUUCAGCCGUAUCUCUAAAAUUGCAAAAGAGUUAUUUGAUCUAGAUCAAAAUAGUGGAGAGAUUAACGUUAAAGGCCCUAUUGAUUUCGAGCAGGCGUUACGGUAUGAAAUGAUUGUUGAGGGAAAGGAUGAAUCUGGGCUUUCUACGGACACCAAAGUAAUAAUAGAAAUUACAGAUGUUAAUGACAAUGACCCUAUUAUAGUAAUUAAGUCGUUGAACAGCCCCGUGCCCGAGAAUGCGUCACCCGGUACAGAGGUUGGCAUCAUUAAUGUGCAGGACAGAGACUCUGAGAAUAACGGACAGGUGCGCUGCUCCAUUCAGCAAAACGUCCCAUUUAAACUCGUCCCUUCAAUCAAAAAUUACUAUUCUCUGGUGACCACAGGUGAAUUAGACCGCGAGCUGGUGUCUGAUUAUAACAUCACAAUUACUGCUACUGAUGAGGGCUCUCCACCUUUAUCUUCCACUAAGAAUAUUCACUUCACUGUAGCGGACGUGAAUGAUAACCCACCUGUAUUUGAGGAGCAGAAUUACAGAGCUAAUGUGCAAGAAAAUAACAAACCGGGCUCCUCUAUUUGUUCAGUAUCAGCUACAGACCCGGACUGGAGACAGAAUGGCACUGUAGUUUAUUCUCUGUUGCCCUCUGAUGUCAAUGGCGCACCGGUGUCCUCCUUUUUAUCCAUUAACGGAGACACCGGGGUUCUUCAUGCCGUGAGGUCGUUUGAUUACGAGCAGUUGAGAAGUUUCAAAGUGCUCGUGUUAGCCAGAGACAACGGGUCUCCUCCUCUGAGCAGUAACGUGACCGUGAGUGUCUUCAUAACGGAUGAGAAUGACAACUCCCCUCAGAUAUUAUACCCCUCUCCGGAAGGGAACUCCUUGAUGACCGAGAUGGUCCCCAAAGCUGCGCAGGCGGGCUCCCUGGUCUCCAAGGUGAUCGCCGUGGACGCGGAUUCUGGACAGAACGCGUGGCUCUCGUAUCACAUUAUUAAAGCGACUGAUCCGGGACUUUUCACUAUCGGUGUCCACAGCGGAGAGAUCAGGACGCAGCGGGACAUUUCUGAAUCUGACAGCAUGAAACAGAACCUGAUUGUCUCCGUGAGAGAUAACGGACAGUCCUCUCUCUCAGCCACGUGCGCAUUGUAUUUACUGAUAUCAGAUAACUUGGCUGAAGUUCCUGAACUGAAAGACAUGUCUCAUGACGAGAGCAGCUCCAAACUGACGUUUUAUUUGAUCAUCGCGCUGGUGUCCGUUUCCACUUUCUUCCUCACCUUCAUCAUCAUCAUCCUGGCCGUGAGGUUUUGUCUCAGGAGAAAGCCCAGACUGUUGUUUGAUGGAGCUGUAGCCAUUCCCAGCGCGUAUCUCCCUCCAAAUUACGCAGACGUGGAGGGCGCGGGAACUCUCCGCAGCACUUACAAUUAUGACGCAUAUUUGACCACGGGCUCGCGCACUAGUGACUUCAAGUUCAUCAGAUCUUAUGAGGGCACGCUGACCUCUGACCUGACUCUGAAAAAGACUCCGUCCUCUGUGGAUGAUCUUGAAGGGCUUGAUACGGAAAUUGGUGAUUCGUUCCAGGUAGGACUCAAGAAAUCUUUAUUUUUGUAA